ACAGUGUCGUUAUUUUUAUUAUUACUAAGGGUAUUAGUGUUCUGUGAUUAUUACAGUUUCAAAGUUGAUCGAGUGUAGUUUUGCGUUGAUUUAUUUCCGUAACUAAUCCUCUCAAUUCCUGAAGCUGUAAUACUACCUUGUCUUGCAACAUGUAUAACAAGUGUUGUGUUCCAACGUGUACUAGUAGACGAAAGGACGUCAGUUUUCAUAUGUUGCCAAAAAGUGAGAUAGGACUCAAAAAAUGGUUACAGUGUAUUAAUUGUGAAAGACUGCGAAGCUUGAGUUCCCAGAAACUUCGUAAACAUUUUGUUUGUCACAAACAUUUUGAGAAGAGGUUUCUCGCAAUCACGCGCGAAAGAGUUCGUCUUUGCCCAAACGCCUAUCCAACGUUGUUUACUGUUAGCGAGAUGUCCACUGGUAUUCCGCAAACGGUUGCAAGAAUCGCCGUUGAAACUGAGAAAAGCAAUAAUGAUCACAAUUAUUGUAAAAAAAGGCAGCAUUUGGAUCACACCUACUGUAUUCCAGAAGUUGUAGAAAAACGCUUUAAGGCUUCAAAUACUGACAACACUGAAACGGAAUCAGAUAUAAAUUCCUACCAACAACCUUCUACAUCUACAUAUGAAAGUGGAACCAUGGAAGUACCAACAGCAGGUAAGAAAUUUAAAUAUUAGUAAUCACUAGCAUUUGCAUACCUGACAGUAAAUUUUUUAUAAAAAUAAUAAUACUAAAUUUAUAUAUUUCUCACACACUUGGUACAUGUAGUAAGUUGUUUAUGACUACAUGCUUUUUCUUUUUAUGUGUUAAAAAAUCUUUCGCUAUAUGUAGAUAGAAUUAAUGAUGCCCCAUAGUUAUUGUUAGUAAUCAUGUGUUACAUGAUGUAAAAACAUCAACUGUACACCCAAUCUAUGUUACAGUAGAAAAUGCUACAUUGAGUAUUUGAAGGAGGUAUUUAACUUGUUUUUCUUAUUUCCUUUUUUUUUAUUUUAGAUAAAAAUGCGCUUCAUUCUCCAAUAACAAGGAGAAAACAGCAUAUCAUACAGACAAAUAAGCUGUCACCGCAUUGUGCUAAGCUUUACAGGCAAUACAGAAAAUCACAGAGGCAGCUUAAUUUCAAAACACGAGCAAAACAGGCGGUGAAAUUUUCAAAAGAACAGUCAUUUGUAAAGCUCACAGAAAAAUUGAAUCCAAUUGCUAAAAAGUUUUUAUGGAUGCAGAUUAAAGAAUGUACUAAAAAAGCCAGGGGCAGGCGAUUCUCUGAUGAAGAAAAAUUGAUAGCAAUGGCGAUAAUGAAACAGAGCCCAAAGUGCUAUAGAUUUCUUCAUAGAAUAUUUAUCUUACCGUCAAAAUAUACCAUAAACAAAAUGAUAGCUAAAUUGAAUAUAGAAGCAGGAAUCAAUUUUCAAAUAUUUGAUGCUAUCAAAACAGAGGCACUGUAUUUUUUUUAAUAAAUUUACUUUUUCCAUAAUCUAUAUAUUAUAUAAUAUGUAGCUACAGUCUACUUGUGCUGCUGGUUGCAUCAAUGUUAGGCAGUUUGAAAGCAUGUCUUCUUUUAUUUUUUGUUUUAAGCAUGCAGAUUUCUUCUCGAUGUUUUUCUGCACUGUUAAGUAUGUGGUAAAUCAGCAUCGAAAUUUGCAAGUAAAUUUUAAAUGUGGUAGAGCCACGCUGCAGCUGUAUUAUGGUUGUAGCACGAAUGGGUUGAACCACGCUCUCACAGAAUGUCAGCGUUAAAUAGCGGCUUAAUGUCGAUGUGUAUUGUGUGGUGAGUGUAGAAAACUGGAAACGAGGUAUUCCAUCUCGGUCCUCAGGGGUGGCAAUGCAUCUGCAUUUUGAUUCACAAUCGAAGAUAGAUAUUGACGUCUAUGAACUGCAGAAUAUGCUUAUCAUCAGGUGGACUGUGUGCUCGUUUGUCACUCUUAUACUAUAAAAACCAAGUGGUUAUCCACAGUGGCUACCACUACACUGUAUGUUUGUAUAUUAAAGUAAAUAUUGACUAAUUAUAUUGCUUACAGGUCAACACUUGGGAUGAAAAGAAAAAAUAUUGUUCCAUACUGUUUGAUGAAGUGGCCUUAGAAGUGGCAGUGUCUUAUGACAAACAUAAAGAUUUAAUUAGUGGAUUUGUUGAACUUAACAAAAAAACAAGUGAUUUUGCUGACCAUGCCCUUGUCUUUAUGUUGCGGGGAGUUGUUCACAAGUGGCAACAACCCCUGGCCUUCUACUUCUGUAAAGGAGCAACUUCAGGAGUUGAAUUAAAAGAUAUUAUCAAGGACAUGAUAACAGCUGUAGGUAACACAGGACUUAGACCAGUGGCUCUAGUCUGUGAUCAGGGCACAGCAUUUCAAUCUGCCCUGAAGAGCCUUCAAGAGGACACAAGGCGAGAGCAAAUAAUUUCAGGUGAAAGGAUUGGUGAGUAGGCCUUGCCAUUUUUAUAUGUAAUUUCUUGCCAACAAAAUUAAAAUUGUGGAGUGGUGUUUGUAGCUACAUUGUAAUUAUUUUUCAGAUGACGUGAUUGUAAUUAAUGGCCAUACACUUAGUGUAAUUCAUGAUCCACCUCAUCUAAUAAAAGGAUUAAGAAAUAAUUUCCUAAAUAAAGAUAUAAAAUAUAAUGAAAAGAUUUCAAAAUGGAGUGACAUUGUUGAAGUGUAUAAAACAGACUGCAAUCUUGCACAGAUGAGGCUUUUACAUAAAUUAAAUGAUGAACAUGUGAUUCCAGAGAAAAUUAAAAAGAUGAAGGUUAAAAAUUGCACUAGAGUGUUUAGCAAGACAGUAGCUGCUGCGUUAUCAUAUACUGCUCAGUUUUGUAAGUUCCUAAGCUAAAUUUUGCAUAAUAUUUUAAGCUUGAGUCAAAGCUAAACUUUAACUUUUUGAAAUAAAUUAAAAUUGAAUUGAACCUAAUUUUUUUCAGCUCAUUAUGCAGAUGGAAAGCAAGUAAGCUCGACUUUGAAAAAUACAGCUGAAAUUAUAUCAUUCUUCGACGACCUCUUUGACUCAGUUAAUGGAACUUCAUAUAAUAAAAUAUCCAAAGGAAAAGCUUUAAGACAAGCAGUAACGGAAAAAUCCUCACAUCACAAAUUUUGGAGGGAAGCAAUCCUAAGACUGCAAAGCAUAAAAUUUAUAGAUGAUCAAGGUAAAGAAACAUCUGUGCCUUCAUUAAAAAACUGGAUAACAACUCUCAAAAGCUACCAGAGAUUAUGGCAAUAUCUAAGUGAAAAAAAUAUUAAAUUUUUGCGCCCGCGGUAUUUAAAUUCUGAUCCUAUUGAAAACUUUUUUGGACAAAUGCGUGUGUACAAUUUUAGAAAUACGAAUCCAAAUUGCCAAACAUUCAAAAGUACCUUUAGAUCACUGUUAAUUACAAGGUUUAUAAAGUUCCACUCAGAUAGUUACAAUUGUGAAGAAGAUUCUGGUGAACAAUUAUUAAAAUUAAAAUCAUUGUUUUGUACAAAAGAAAAAUCUGAUAAUACUAAGCAAAUCCAUUUAUUUGAGUCCUCUGAGCUAUCGAGUUGGGUAGAAAGUGAAAGUUCAGCAAAGCAGGAAACAAUUAAUGUUCACUCACGUGCAUAUACCGCUGGGUGGGUCAUAAGAAAUAUACUAAAAAAUAAUAAUUGUCGGCAAUGUGAAGCUGAUUUAACAAAUAGGGAAUCCAAUUAUGAUAAAAGUUCUAUCAAUAAUUGGAUUUACCUUAAAGAAUUUAAAAGUAUAAAAGAAAAGAAACUGAUCUACCCUUCGGAACAUGCCGUAAGAUUUUUUGGGAUAAUAACACAAAAAGCAAACAAAUACUUAGAAACCAAACCUCAACAGAGUUAUAUUAUAAAAAAUAUAAAAACUCUCAUCAAGUCUAAGUAUUUGUUUGACUUUAUAAACUGCGAACUGCAUAAAGAUGCUGUUUCUGAACACUUUUUAACAUUAACUUUAAGAUUGACAGUGUUUAAUUGGCGCAAUGUCAUAAAUAAAAUAUUGAAAGGUACCGAUGUCCUAAGAUUAGAAAAUAAAGCUUUACCUCAAAUGCAAUUAAAAGCUCUUAAUAAAUU